GCAGUUCUUUCUUUUUUUUUCCACUUUAUUGAUCUGAGUCAAGGACGACAGAGGGUGGCCACGUUAACCUGUAGAGAAAUUAUUUGGAAGUGAGCGCGAUGAGUCGAUUCUUCGCGACUGGCGGUUCGGAUACCGAGAGUGAUAGCUCUGAAAAUGGGGAGGACAUUAUCCCCAAGAAGCCUGAUUUGGCGCCUGCGUACGCUUUCAGCGACGAGGAAGAAGACGUGAAACGGGUUGUGCGUUCGGCUAAGGAUAAACGCUAUGAGGAAUUGUCAAACAUCAUUCGACAAAUCAAGAACUACAAGAAAAUUGGAGAUAUUAGUAGUUUGCAGACUGGAUUUGAAGAAUUGACGAAAGCUUAUACGAAGGCGUUACCAAUCAUGAUAAAAGAAGAAUCCACAUCUAAGCCGAAGUUCUAUCUUCGAUGCCUCAUCGAUAUAGAAGAUUGCGUGAAUGCGACUUGGAAGGAUAAAAAAUCUCUUUCCAAAACAAAUACCAAAGCUUUGGUAACUCUCCGUCAAAAGAUCCGGAAGUACAAUAAAGAUUUCGAAGACGAAAUCCUUGCAUUGCGUGCGGACACCGAAGAGGUUGCUGUCGAAGAUGAUGCUGAGGCCGACGUCGAAAAAGACUCGGACGCAGAAGAUGGUAACCAAGGCUCCGAAGCACUGAGCAGAGGAAGCUUUCUUCACGACGGGAUCAGCAGCGGAAAAGAUGAUAUAACCAGCGGUAGCAAACGGACGGAGAAACAACGCACGAGUGAUGAUGAAGAAGAGGAUGAUGACGAAGACUCAGUUGAUUGGGGGUCUGAUUCGUCGGAAACUGACUCCAGCUCAGAUGAUGAAGGCAAAUACGAAUCUAUGGUUGACCGCUUCCUGAAGAAAAACACUCAGAAAGAGGAAGAGGAUAAAAAACAGAAGCGUGAACGAAAGAAGCAAGAGAAGGAACGUGCGAAACGCGUGAAACGGGAUGAAGAAGACGAAGAUAUGGAUGAGGGCUGGACUCAGGUCAAGGGUGGAGGAGCUAUUAGUGCAGAAAAACCGAAAAUGUUCGCCAAGGAUGCCGAAAUCACCCACGCUCUCGUUCUUAAGAAAUUGAUUGAAAUCGUGGCUGCACGAGGUAAAAAGGGAACUGAUCGUCAGGAACAGGUUGCGCUUCUCACCGAGCUGCGCGCAAUCUCGGAAUCAAAGGAACUCGGUCCUGCAAUGAAAGCGAAAAUAGACUUCGCCAUCAUUUCCGCCCUCUUCGAUUACAAUGCUGCAGCCACUUCAGCGAUGAAGGAAGAAUAUUGGGAAAAGGUACUGAAGAAGAUCCGUGAAAUCUUGAGUGAUUUGAGUAGUUGCGAAGACUUGACGGUUGGGGAACACAUUUUGGAAGAAAACGAAAGUUUUGAGAAGACCCCAUACAAAAUUCGAGGCUGCAUCAUGACAGUUUGUGAACGAAUGGAUGACGAGUUCAACAAGCUUUUGAAAGAUUGCGAUGCUCAUGGGCCGGAAUAUGUGAAAAGACUGAAGGAUGAAAAAUCCGUCUGUGACAUUUUCGAGCACCUGCAAAGGUAUAUGGAAUCUAGGGAGUCGACUCCAUCGGAUCUGUGCCGAGUGUAUUUGCGUCGUGUGGAGCAUUUGUACUACAAAUUUGAUCCAACCGUGUUCACGGAACGGGAUCCCGUAAGUCGACUUUUUGUUUUUCCAUCAUUAGCAGCCGAAGAAAGAAACAUCGUUGGGAGUGAUGGAUCAUCUCUGCAAGUUCAUCUAUGCGAAAGACAACACGGAUCGUUUGCGCACGCGAGCGAAAUCCCGCAGUUGGACAAUGAAGGGGAUGAAGAGCAGCCGAAGAAAGAAACAUCGUUGGGAGUGAUGGAUCAUCUCUGCAAGUUCAUCUAUGCGAAAGACAACACGGAUCGUUUGCGCACGCGAGCGAUUUUGUGUCACAUUUAUCAUCAUGCGUUGCAUGACAAUUGGUACGAAGCUCGCGAUUUGAUGCUCAUGUCGCACUUGCAAGACACAAUUCAGCACUCCGAUCCCCCGACGCAGAUAUUGUAUAACAGAACGAUGGUUCAGGUCGGCUUGUGCUCGUUCAGGCAUUCUAAAAUCAAGGACGCUCACGACGCGCUUCUGGAUAUUCAGUCCGGGGGUCGCGCCAAGGAACUGCUAGCUCAAGGCCUUCUACUGCAGAGGCAAAUGGAGCGCAGUUCUGAGCAAGAGAAAAUCGAGAAGCAGAGGCAAAUGCCAUUCCACAUGCACAUCAAUCUCGAGUUACUCGAGUGCGUUUAUUUGGUAUCGGCUAUGUUGAUGGAAAUUCCUUACAUGGCCGCUCAUGAAUUCAACGCGCGUCGUCGACUAAUUUCCAAAAGCUUCCACCACCAACUGAAAGUCAGUGCGCGUCAAGCUGUCGAGCCUGGGGGCCUUAGGUACGCUCUUGUGCAACAUCGACGGCGUGCGCGCUACGCAUUGCCGUUUACCUUCGUCACAGCCCUAAAGUAG